GCUGGCUUCCCAAGCGGUCAGUCAUGAAUAAAGCGGCUGCUUAUUACGACCGUAACAUCCACACUGGAGUCCUUAAAUCGGUUUAUUCUUGUUUUUUUGCAACCUGCUGACGCUGUAAAGGACGCAUUUUUAUCUGUGUGACGUUGGAUAGUAAGACCUGAAGAUUUGCUAAACUGGAUGGGAAUGUAGAGCAGCACCAUUGUUUUAAUCAGCCCGUGAAGUUGGACCCAGCCUGAAAAGAAACCAAAAUUGAACACUCAUCAGAUUUUGUGGGAUCUAUUACAAUACUGUCAACGACUGAUGGUCAGAUUUCGGAAAUAACUGUCAUAUUAGUAUUUUUUCUCAUUUUAAAUAUUUUAAGGUCGUUCACAUUUACAUGUGUGUUUUUCCUUCUUGACCUGGUUUGUUUGCCAUUUUGUGCAUGUAAAAGUGCUGCAUUGACAGAUUAGCAUUUACGAGCAGUUCAGUAUUAGCCUAACAAUCCUGUGCAAUGCAAAUAACGUAUUGUUAUAAAUAAGAAUCGUUUCAUAUAUUAGAUGAUCACAAGAUAACAGACUAUCUAUUUCUCCAGUGAGGAUUUUUAACCAGCAGUCAGAUCUUUAGUGUAAAACUAUUUUUCUAAAAUGCAACCCGAGUGAAAUGUGGUAGUUAGACUGUCACAGCUUGGCAUGAAUUAUUUAGACCCUGUUUACUAGUUAUUCGGUUUCCUGAUUGACAGAAGUCUUGACAUUUGCAGUUUGACCCAGUGCGGAUGUGACCAGAAUCCAGAGGGGUUUGAGCUCUGCUCUAGACUCUGUUUUUGUACCAAUCUAAAGGUUUCAGCUGUCAAGACUUGCCCCCAAAUCUUUUUAGGCAAACAUGUCUUAUUUUUGCCGUUCAAAACGCAGAAAAACAGCAUAAUCUGGAGAAUGAUGCUGGUCAUUUUUGGACACGACACGCUUCAGAUAUCACAAAUUACAUCUGAGAUGCAUAUCUAGAUGAGUUUUAUUUGAUGGACUUCAAGGUGCCAGCCGCUUUAUAACAACUCUGUUCGUGGUUAUAUCGACAUACAUCAUGGGUGACACUAAUUUGAACGACUCUAACGUGAAGGUGGCUGUUCGGGUCCGACCUAUGAACCGUAGAGAAAAGGAUCUGAACACAAAAUGCGUUGUGGAAAUGGAGGGCAAUCAAACUUUUCUGUACCCGGCAAACCUGGGAAAAGAUUCCAGCAGGAGUCAGCCAAAGGUCUUCGCCUACGACUACUGUUUUUGGUCAAUGGAUGAGUCAGAAACGGAGAAGUUUGCUGGUCAAGAUGUAGUAUUUCAGUGCCUUGGGGAAAGUCUUUUGCACAAUGCCUUUCAGGGUUACAACGCUUGUAUUUUUGCAUAUGGACAAACUGGCUCAGGAAAGUCUUACACCAUGAUGGGUUCGGUGGACCAGCCCGGUUUGAUCCCACGACUCUGCAGUUCCCUGUUCGAGCGGAAGUGUCUCCACCAGCGAGAGGGGGAGAGCUUUACUGUCGAAGUCUCUUACAUGGAAAUCUACAAUGAGAAAGUUCGAGACCUGUUGGACCCCAAAGGGAGCCGACAGGCCUUGCGGGUGCGAGAACAUAAGGUUUUAGGGCCUUAUGUAGAUGGACUAUCCAGACUUGCAGUAGAAAGUUACAAGGACAUUGAGUCACUGAUGUCUGAGGGGAAUAAAUCCCGCACUGUGGCCGCCACCAAUAUGAAUGAGGAGAGCAGUCGCUCCCAUGCAGUUUUCAAUAUCAUCCUUACACACACACUAAAGGAUCUUCAGUCUGGGACGAGUGGGGAGAAGGUGAGCAAGUUGAGUUUGGUGGACCUGGCAGGAAGUGAGAGAGCUGCAAAGACGGGUGCUGCAGGCGAGCGGCUCAAGGAAGGCAGCAACAUCAACAAGUCUUUGACCACUCUGGGAUUGGUGAUCUCAGCCUUGGCAGACCAGGGCGCCGGAAAGAACAAGAACAAGUUUGUGCCCUACAGAGAUUCAGUGCUCACGUGGCUGCUCAAGGACAGCCUCGGCGGAAACAGCCGGACCGCUAUGGUUGCCACCGUGAGCCCUGCGGCGGAUAACUUCGAGGAGACCCUGUCCACGUUACGAUACGCUGACAGGGCGAAGAGCAUCGUCAACCACGCUGUCGUGAAUGAAGACCCCAAUGCGAGAAUUAUCCGAGAACUCCGAGAGGAGGUGGAGAAACUGCGGGAUCAGCUAACGCAGGCUGAGUCUAUGAAGGCACCGGAGCUGAAGGAGCGGUUGGAGGAAUCUGAAAAAUUGAUUCAGGAGAUGACGGUCACGUGGGAAGAGAAACUAAGAAAGACAGAAGAAAUUGCACAAGAGAGGCAAAAACAGCUGGAAAGCCUUGGCAUCUCUCUUCAGUCAUCUGGCAUCAGGGUUGGUGAAGACAAAUGCUUCCUGGUCAACCUCAAUGCUGACCCCGCCCUCAAUGAGCUAUUGGUCUAUUACCUCAAGGAACACACCAAGGUCGGAUCAGCAGACUCCCAGGACAUCCAACUGUGUGGGAUGGGCAUCCAAGCCGAGCACUGUGUCAUUAAUAUCACACCCGAGGGAGCUGUAUUUCUCAACCCGUACAGAAACUCAAGAACCUGUGUGAACGGAUCUCCAGUCACAAGCCGGCAACAGCUUCACCAUGGCGAUCGUAUUUUUUGGGGGAACAACCACUUUUUCAGGAUAAACUUACCGAAGCGACGCUCACGGGGUGAUGAGGAGGAGGGUGAGGGAAACAUGAAGAAUGGUAGCAGCAGUGAACAGCUGGAUGCAGAGGGAGACACGGCCAGCGAGGUGUCCAGCGAGGUCAGCUUCAGCUAUGAGUUUGCACAGACCGAGGUCAUGAUGAAGGCACUGGGCAGCAACGACCCCAUGCAGGCCGUUUUGCAGUCUCUGGAGCGACAGCACGAAGAGGAGAAGAAGACCGCUCUGGAGCGUCAGAGGCUCAUGUACGAGCAGGAGCUGCAGCAGCUGCGCAGACAGCUGACCCCGGACAGACAGAGCAUGCAGAUACCGCAGUCGCAGCCUCUGCAGCCACAGUACCGAAGUUUGGAAAGACUGAGCCAGGGAGGAAUGUCAUCAUCAGCCAGCGCCCAACAUCGCCUGCGUCAGUGGGGCGAGGAGAGGGAGUCGGUGCUGACCCGAAGUUUGAGGAAACUGAGGGAGCAAAUCGUCCGAGCUAAUCUGUUAGUGCAGGAGGCAAGUUUCAUCUCUGAAGAACUAGACAAAAAAACGGAGUACAGAGUCACACUACAGAUACCUGCCGCAAACCUCAACGCCAACAGGAAGAGAGAUGCUGUACUGAGUGAACCUGCUAUUCAAGUGAGGAGGAAAGGCAAGGUCAAGCAGAUCUGGGCCCUUGAGAAGAUGGAGAACCGGCUGGUGGACAUGCGAGAGCUUUACCAGGAGUGGAAGGACUUUGAUGAGGAUAAUCCUGUGAUGAGGUCAUACUUCAAAAGGGCCGACCCUUUCUUCGACGAACAGGUGAACCACAGUUUGAUCGGUGUGGCCAACGUCUUCCUCUCCUGCCUCUUCUACGAUGUCAAGCUACAAUACGCCGUCCCCAUCAUUAAUCAGAAAGGAGAGGUUGCCGGGCGACUGCACGUGGAGGUGAUGAGAGUGGGCGGAGGCUUUGAUGACAGCGUAGCUGGAGGAGAUGAAAGCGACGGAAGCCCAGACGGUGAAGUGCAGGAACGCAAGCUGGUCUGUAUGAUUAAGAUCCUGCAGGCUACAGGUCUCCCACAGUAUCUGUCCAAUUUUGUCUUCUGUCAGUAUUCAUUCUGGGACCAGGCAGAGCCCAUCAUUGUUGCUCCAGAAGUAGAUCCGUCUGCCUCUUUCUCCAGCAGUAAAGACCCUCACUGUAUGGUGGUGUUUGACAGCUGUAAGGAGCAUGCUAUAACCGUGACAGAAGAUUUUAUUGAGUAUCUGACAGAGGGUGCCGUUGGCAUUGAAGUGUUUGGACACAGACAGGCUGAUCCGGGCAGGAACCCAGCGCUGUGGGACCUGAGCAUCAUCCAGGCCAAGACACGCACGUUACGAGAUAGGUGGAGCGAGGUCACGCGCAAGUUGGAGAUGUGGGUACAGAUACUGGAGCUGAAUGAGAACGGGGAGUACAUGCCUGUGGAGGUGGUGCCAGCACGAGAUGUGCGGACAGGUGGCAUCUUCCAGCUCAAGCAGGGCCAGUCUCGGCGGGUACAGGUGGAGGUACGAUCCGUUCAGGACUCCGGCACAAUGCCUUUAAUAGCAGAGAUCAUUCUGGGGGUGUCGAUCGGAUGUGUGGAGAUCAGGCAGGCGGUGAUGACCAAAGCCAAUGAGACGCAAGAGGCCGAGGGUGAUGAAAUGGAUAGUUAUCAGGAGCGAGAUUUGGAGCGUCUGAGGCAUCAGUGGCUCACCGCUCUCACGAAGAGACAAGAAUAUCUGGACCAACAUCUACAGACGCUGGUCAGCAAAACAGAUAAAUCAGAGGAUGACGUGGAGCGAGAAGCCCAGCUGCUGGAAUGGCGUCUGACACUAACAGAGGAGAGAAAUGCGGUGAUGGUGCCCUCUGCUGGAAGUGGAAUACCGGGAGCUCCCGCUGAGUGGGUACCAGUACCUGGGAUGGAAACACACAUUCCAGUGCUCUUCCUCGAUCUGAGCGCCGAUGACUUCAGCUCUCAAGAAAACCUGGACGUUCCCGAGGCAGGCGGCUGGGAUGCUACUCUUAGCACAGAGGAUGAGGAUGAAUUUUUUGACCUUCAGAUCGUCAAACACUAUGAUGGAGAGGUGAAAGCAGAGGCGUCCUGGGACUCCACGGUUCACGACUGCCCGCAGCUGAGCCGAGGGGCCGCUCAGGAUCAGAGGGUUUACCUGAUCGUUCGCGCUGUGGUGCAGCUCAGCCACCCUGCAGAGAUGCAGUUAGUCCUGCGCAAACGCAUCUGCGUUAACCUUACUGGACGACAGGGUUUUGCUCAAAAUUUCCUGAGAAGAAUGUCCACCAGGAGCACCAUUCCUGGCUGUGGGGUGACCUUCGAGGUCGUCUCCAACAUUCCAGGGCAGGACAGUCAGUGCUCAGAAGAUCGGGAGAUGUUAGCCCGUGUGGCCGCUAGCGCAGAGAACCCCAAAUCAUCUGACAAUGUAGCCGCUAUAGAGAAGUAUUUGCGGAGCGUCUUGGCUGUGGAGAACAUUCUCACACUGGAUCGCUUGAGACAGGAAGUGGCAGUAAAGGAGCAUUUGGCAGGUAAAGCUAAAGGCAGCAGACGCAGUCUCAGCUCUCCCAGCGUGCACCGGUUAUCUGGAAGCAGACAGGAUCUGUCGCUCAACUCUGUGCUGGAUGACAACAAGAAUCAAUGGGAGAGUCAACAAGACAUCUUCAUGACAUCGUCGCAAUACAGUAAAACACUGCCACGGCAAUCUAGACCCCCUACACCCCCCAUGCCGAAUCAAGAAUCUGAGCAAGGGUUUUCAGGACUUGCUGCUUCUUAUAUCUCCCCAGUCAAAGCUCUGGUCCCUCAGAUGCCCAAACUCCUCAAAUCUCUAUUUCCAGCGCGAGAUGACAAGAAAGAUCUGAGACCCUCUCCUCACUCCCAACAGCAUACGCCUCGGAUAAUUAUGCAAACAGCCAACAGUCCGGAUGAAGGAAGAGUUCGAAUAGAGCCGGUUACAGUGAUAGGGAAGAGUACUCCUUCAGACAGACACCCAGACGGGCCAGACGCCCCUUCCUCCUCCUCGCAUGAUCUGCAUGACCUGCCCCUGAGUCCCAUCAGUGAGGCCUCCAGUGGCUAUUUCUCAACUAGCAUCUCCACCGCCACUCUUUCGGACGUCUCAGUAGCUUGCGGGGACCUCAUACCUACCCCCAAUACCCACGUCAGUCCUGUAGCGUCCAGACACGGAAGAGAAAACAGUGAUGACUGUCUAGUCAACCCUGUUAAUGCCUCUGUUGCUCCUGUAGAAGCUGGGCUAAAAUCAGACCCUGUGAACCUCAAAGACACGCAGGGAGCUUGCAGGAACGGCGUCACCACCUCUCAGCACGAAGCACAUGUUAGCGCCAACAUGGACAGCCCUUUUUCCCUCCAGAAGGUCAAAGCCAAUGAACUCAGGUCGUUUAGUAACAUCAUUGGACAGGACAAAGGAGACGAUGAUAGAAAAGCAACCACAACACAGCAAAGAAACAAAGUGGAGAAGCUAGAAAUAACAUUCGAUGAUGUGGAUAAGGCCGCAGAACCCAAGGAACUCGCUUGGCUCAAUGUGGGAGGGAGAGUAACUGUUGGAAGCAGCAAGUCUGGAACUGUCCGUUACGUCGGCCCGACACACUUUUCUGAAGGCAUCUGGGUCGGGGUGGAACUAGAUACUUCCUCGGGUAAAAAUGACGGUUCCGUUGAGGGUCACCAAUACUUCCGCUGCAACCCUGGUUACGGAGUGCUAGUGCGUCCAGAUCGGUUAAGUCAACGAGAACCGACUAAAAGGCAGGCAGAAAAUCGGCGAAGUGGGGACUUUUCUCAACCACUUAGGGGUGGAGCCAGCAGUGCCAUUCAGAAAGGAGAUCAUCGCAAAUCCUGGGCCAGCUAACUCGCCACCAGGAGUUCUUACAUUGAGCUCCCCCUCCCAAAUCUGAAUCUCUGCUUGGGCAGAUCCCGUUUCAGACGCCAAUUGUUGCACUGAGGUUGUACCGCAAUCUGUCACAUCCUGGAUGGCUUUACAUCAGGUGCUAUGCUAAUGUGUAGCAUGUGGGCGUCGUCUGAAUUGUCCAACAUCCCUGUUGAGUGUUUUGUGGGCUUUUUGAAUUGGCUGUAAAUGAGUUAAUGUAGCUUCUUGUUCUUUGGGGUCAACACAUCUUAUGGCCUGGUCCUGGUUCUGAACUGAUACUUCCCUGCUAGAAAUGGGUUUUUAGUUUCCGGAAUGUGCCUUUUAAGUCAUAUUUUGUCAUCCCCUUCCCAUUGCUCCUUUGUAACACUAGUUGGGACCUGAAAACGGUAAGAGAUUAUCUCAGGGAUUGGACGGUUAUUGGAUAUAUACGUGUUGGAUGACUAAGAUGUUUUUUAGCUCAAAGCCACUAUUAAGAGUGUGGGCAUGCAUUGCGCCCUUAAACAACGGGCGUCGCCUUGAGCAGGUAGAUGCAGGUAGAUGAUGUUUGUGUUGAUGAUGUAAAGUGCUACUGUUACAGUGAUCCGAGGACAAAAGAUUGAAUAUUUUAUUUGUCUAUCAGUAUUGUAGGGGGGGGGGACUGCCCACUAGAUCCUUUAUUGUACGAGAGGUUUGACUAAAUUGGCACAUUUAGGAUUGAUCGAUUUUAAGAUGGCCUGAAAUGCAUGUAUUUCAGAAGGGCUUACAUAAAACACUGAAAUACAAUCUGAUAAAUUGGGAAAGAGUUCAGUCAGCAUUUUAGCUGGAAUUGAGGUGUUGAAACUACUUUGAGGCUAAGUGAUUUUUUGUGGUGUUUCGCUCAGUUUGUUUGGCUUUUAAAGGUCCGUCUUUCAAAAAGAACAAUGUAGUAAAGCACAUUCCAGUUUUGAAUUGAGCUUGGCGUACGUAUUGGACCGAUGACUGGAAAACCUGCAUUUUAUUUAUUAAAAAGAUACGUUUUUUUCUUUUUUAGCUUAAUAAAAAAAGUGUUUCAAAAUAGGCACAUUUAUGUGGGUUUUAAUAAAGAGUGCUGUUGCAUAUCGUGCUCUGAAGUUCACAUUACGAUGGCGAGAAAAGACGUGUUAUUCCAUGCCUUUUAUAUUCUCUAUUUUCGUGGAAGUCAUCUUGUGAUUUCUGAAAUCUAAUGCAAUAUCAAAUUAUUAAAAUAUAUUUUAAUGGUUGUAGGUAUGUAUAUUGAUUUUAUAAAGUGUAAAAAAGUCCCAUGAAUGGAAAAUUAAUUUGCACAUUUGAUUUAUAGUAGAUAGCUUAUUGUGCCCAAAGGGUGCUUUUAGGUUUAUUGUAAAUUAACUUAAACUAACCAAUGAUCCACUGUACACUGCGUUUCACUGGAUUUGGUGCUCAAGUCAAAAGCAUUUCUAAAGUUCCUAGUGUCAUUUCUCAACAAUCAAGUUGCCUUUCAUUUGUGUAUGCCUCUAGUGUAACGUCUUGUUUGGUUGUAAAAAAAAAACGGUUGAGGUCGUCUUGUUUUUUUCCAUCUUGUGCCUCUUUCAUGGAGACAAGAAACGCACAAAUGCUGAUAGAACGACUUGACCAUUGCUGCUGUGUUUAGAGACCCCAGUUGCUUCAAUGUUGCAUCAAUGUUGAGUCGUCGUCUUUUUUAGAAAUCUGAGCUAGAUUUGUUUUCUUACAUUUCUAUAGUAUAGCAAUAAUGCUUGUACAACAUAAUUGUUUUUGUGUCACCAGAAAGAGGGAAUGAACUCAUUUGAGUCAAUGAGCUGAUCCUCUUUCAUGGCCCUACAUUUCAAUCAUAGAUACUGUACAAUACUACUUUUAUUUUGUAAUCAAGUGCAGUUUAUUAUUUGUCUUUACUAAUCAGUUUAUGGAUGAAACGAUUAAAUAUGUCCCACAUUCAGUCUGGUGAAGGUCACCUUCAGCUUUCUUUAGCGACACAUAUCCAGAGCCAUAUCCGAGCAACCACACAGUGGCCUUUUGAAGUAUGUUCAAUCCGUGACUCGCUGACCUAAUACAGGUGUGCAACAUAGUGCGCUCCUCCUGUUUGAAAUCCUUUCUAUCGAGGGCAGUGGAGGAAAGAGGCUUUGAAAGAAGCGAAGAGCCCCGCUGUUGCUGUUUACACAGAUGUCAGAUGAAGCUCUUGGCAGGAAGUUGCUGCUCUACUUUUCUGUUUCCUUUAUUUUCUUUCUGAGCAGUGGGUCUCCAUCUUUGUUUAGAUACUGCGUUGAGUAGCAAUGGUCUGUGCCUCAUCCCGGGGUUUUCUUCAUGAACGAUGUUCACGUGUUGGUAUGGAGAGUUUGGACUCCCAAGUGUGUGUUUUGUAUAUAGUCUCAUCUUGGGAGUUCAAUCGGGAGCACAAGGUUGGGUUUGAUUAAUUUAAUUAUCUGCAAUUUUAUGCUGAUAUCCAAAGAAUAAUCAUGUAUAAUUCAUUUAUAAUUUCUUUUAUAUUGACUGUACAAUAAUCUGGCUGUAAAGAAAAAAUAAAAGGUGAACUGAU